GCUCCCAGCCAGUGGCGGCGCUGGUCAGUGACGUCGAUCCCUCGUGGAUCCCAAAAUGCCGAAGAGACGCCGGGAAGAGACGGACCCCUCUGCCGGGCAGCCGAAGGCCGAGCCGGCCCCACCAGCUGAGGGGGGAGCAACGUUCGUGGACACCCCCGACCAGCUGACCACCAGCGACGGGCAAGAAAGCUGCCUGAAGAUCAGCUCAUGGAAUGUGGACGGGCUGCGCGCCUGGGUCAAGAAGAAUGGCCUGGAGUGGGUGGGUUUGGAGAGCCCGGACGUUCUGUGUCUACAGGAGAUCAAGUGCACGGAUCCAGAGAAACAGGUGCCGGCGGCCAUGAAGGAGAUGGUGGAUUAUCCGCACCAGUACUGGUCGUCCAGCAAGAGCAAGGAGGGCUAUAGUGGGGUGGCCAUCUUGUGUAAGGCUGAACCCCUCAACGUCACCUACGGCAUCGGAGUCGAGGAGCACGAUGGCGAGGGCCGGCUGAUCACGGUGGAGAUGGAGAAGUGUUUUGUGGUGUCGGUCUACGUGCCAAACUCGGGCCGGGGCCUGGUCAGGCUGGAUUAUCGGCAGGCCUGGGACGGGGCCUUGCGCGGGUACCUGGAGGAGCUACAGAGCCGGAAGCCCCUGGUGUUGUGCGGGGACCUGAAUGUGGCCCACGAUGACAUCGACCUGAAGAACCCCAAGACCAACCGCAAGUCGGCGGGGUUCACCCCCCAGGAGAGGCAGGGCCUGGACCAGUUGUUGGGUCUGGGUCUAGUCGACACCUUUCGCCACCUCCACCCCUCCCUGCCCCACGCCUACACCUUCUGGACCUACAUGGGCAACUGUAGGGCCAAGAAUGUGGGCUGGAGGCUCGACUACCUGUUACUCUCCCGCUCCCUGCUCCCCCGCCUCUGUGACAGCAAGAUACGCACAAAGAUCAUGGGGUCAGACCACUGCCCCGUCACCCUGCUGCUGGCCCUCUGACCCCCGACCCCUCACCCUGCUGCUGGCCCCCGACCCCUCACCCUGCUGCUG